GUUUCACGGUCUGCCUUUGGCGCCUUUCUCUCUCUCUGUCUCUCGUCUUGGAUAAAGGCCUGGCUCUCACAUAAGAUCUAGGAGAGAAAGCGAGAGAGAGAGGCGGGCUUUCCUAUAAGCAAUGUCUAGAUGCACGUACAUACCGCUGUCAAAGAGCGUGGAAGAAGCAGAGGAGCUCCGAAUGAAGGAGCACAGAGCUUCUUUCACCAUCGACUGCUUGCAGAGAAGGUUGCUAGCAGAAAGAAUGGAGUCGAGAGCAGCCUUGGCUGAGGUCGACAGAUUGCAGAAAAGGGUGAUGCAGUUGGAGAGGCGGUUGGAGGAAGAGGUGGAGCUGGUGAGGAAGGCGGAGAGGGCGUUCAGAAGCGCCAUCAAGAAGCUCGAGUCCCUCGAUCUCCUCUCCUUCGAGUUCGGUCUCACCAACACCACCAGGCGCUCGUGGAGCAAGAGCACCCAUGAAAUGCAGCAGAAUGGACAAACUGGGGGGCGAAAGGGCAGGGAACAACCUGAGCCUGGAGCAGAGAGUAAAGAUCAGGAGCAGACACAGAAGACGUGCUUUACAUCAAGGACGGGUGAAUUGUCUGGUUAUGCUAAAAGCCAUGAUAUUUGCGUCACUUGAAAAAUAUCUUGUUGGGAAGCAACCAAAACAAAAGCAAUCUUCACUUCUCUGUAGUGGUUUGGCUUGUAUGCUAAAACCUCCCAUUUUCUCUAUGGUAAUGCUUUUUUCAUUAUUUAUGAUGUUUCCGAAUGAUGAUAGAUAACUGCCAGUCGGUUUUAAAAUAUCGUCCAGGAGAAUUCUCUUUUGAAACUUGAACUGUUUGUUCGAUUUAUAAUGUAAGUAGCUCCUGCACUCAACUAAAUUAGCAGAAUGGAUGCUUCCUCUUAGUGAAGGACACUUAA